UCUCAACUAGCCACAAUUUCUCAACCUAUCAACACUUCUUAUAUAUUUAAUUGUCAACAGAUGGCAUCAGAUUCAGUUUCAACCCUACGAGCUGUAGGAAACUGGUUAGUUGUCACAGGUAUUGACCUUGGAACAACAUAUUCCGGAUAUGCAUAUUCCUUCCGGUCAGAUUUUAGUAUGGAUCCACUAAAAAUAACCUCUAAUGAUUGGUCUAAAGACGGAGUUCACAGACCAGAAGUGAAAGCGCCAUCUGUGAUUUUAUUAAACAAAGAUCAAUCGUUCAAUUCAUUUGGAUAUAGAGCACAGAAAAUAUAUGAAGAUCUUCUAGACGAACCAGAAGAAGCUUCACAAUACUAUUUUAUUCAAAACUUUAAAAUGCAAUUAUAUGAAAAGAUGGACAUAAGCUUAGAAAUGACAAUUGAAGAUGUAUAUGGAAAAAAAGUUCCAGCAAUUAUUGUUUUCACAGAGGCUAUACGAUUUCUAAAGAAUCACUGUCUUGGAGUAUUUAAUGAACGUGAUUUGAAAUUCACAAUAAACGACAUAUUCUUCGUGAUAACUGUACCGGCGAUUUGGACAGAUGCAGCAAAGCAGUUCAUGAGGGAAGCGUCUGAAAGGGCAGGAAUUGACAACUCACAGAUGAUAUUGGCAUAUGAACCUGAGGCCGCCGCUUUAUACUGUAGCCUACUUCCUGCAGAUCAAGGCAUCACAAAAUUCUUUCAGGAACACCGAAAAAUAAUGAUAGUUGAUUUAGGCGGAGGUACUGUGGACAUAACUGUUGUCAAGGUUAUUAAGAAAAUUGAUAAACUAACGUAUUUUGAGCAUGUGCAUAAAGUAGAUGGUGGCGCAUGGGGCGGUUAUCAUGUCAACACAAAAUACGAGCGUUUUCUUGAAGAUUUAUUUGGAAAAGAACUUAUGGAAGAAUUCAAGAUAUCGAAUAUGUCAAAUUAUAUCGAAAUGAUGAAUGACUUCGAAGUUGAAAAGAAAAGUCUGUCUGACGAACUAAAAAAAGUCGGAGUCAAAAUAAGUGGGGAACUUAGAGGUCAAUAUAAUUUAAAACACGGUAAAGAUAUAAAGCAAACACUUGAAGAAAAGUUCAAUGAUCAAAUUAAAGUUGUUGGCGACAAGUUGAAAUUCGAUGUGGACAUUUUUAGAUCGUUUUUUAAAGAAUGUUUACAACAUAUUGUCAAUCUGAUCGGUAAAACGUGUGGUUUUAAGGGUUGUGAAUAUCCGUCCGCUAUGAUUCUGGUUGGAGGAUUUUCUGAUUCAAAUGUUGUUCGUAAAGCCAUAAAGGAGGCGUUUCCAGCUAUUAAAUCAGUAGUGUCCCCAGUUGGGGCAAUCUUGUCGGUUCUGAAAGGCUCUGUUGUUUUUGGACACGAACCAUCCAUUGUUACCGGCCGGGUUUGUUGCAAAACCAUAGGCGUAGCUCUUCACAGGCCCUAUAAUCCGGCAAUACAUGUACAAGAGAAAACAUUCAAACUUGGUGGUAAAAUACGCGUUGAUGACUGUUUUGAAAAGAUGUUUACUGUAAAUGAAGUUGUGCCCCUUGGUCAGAUGAAAACAAUAGAGGUCCAUGAUUUACUUACCGAUUCACAAGUGCAAAGUCGCAGAAAGCAACCUAAAUCAAUUGAAGUUUAUGCAACACAAUCAGAUGAUCCUAAAUACAUAACAGAUCCAGGAUGCAUUCUUGUAGGACGAAUCACCGUAAAGCCGCCUGGAGGUAAAUGGCCGGAAGUUGUCGAAGGUUAUAUAGAAAUGAAACCAGGUGGAACGGAGAUCACUGUAAGAUAUCGUGACAAACAAACAGGACUUAUAACCGAGGGUCAAAUUGAUUUUUUUUGAGAAAUAAUUAUGCAUAUUGAGUUCAAAGUAACUUUACGUAUAGAAAAAAACAUUAUUAUAAGAUUGGCAGUGAACCAAUCAUAUGAAUACAGUUUCGAUAAUUCAUUACCAUUAUACUUUUUAAAUAACAUUCGCAUGCAUCGUUCCUUGCAUUAUUGUCAAAUUCAUCUCUAUUACAGCAAAUAAAGAAAAUAAUCAUACAUCAUAAUAUUAAUCCUUAAAGGAGCACUAGCUACGAGAUAUAAAAAAGAUGUGAAGUAUGAUUUUUUUUUCAAUCAUUAAUGUAAGUGAAAUCGUGGAUUAAUAAUUUGCUUUUAGCAACCAGCAUGGUUCAAUUUUGUCAAAAAAAGCUAAGAAACAUCAAUGAUGAAUUAUUUACUUGCAAGUAAAUAAUUCGAGCUCAUUGAAUCCGUAUUCAUGUGACCUUCAAUUUUACCUCUUAGCUAGAGAUAAUUUACGUCAUAAUUAUGCGUGUUCAGUUAUUAAAAGGAGCAUGAAUGUCAACAUUGAAAGUGAAAUAAAGGUAAAUCAUUUGAUUGACUGAUUCGAUCCACAAAAACUCAUUCUUAUACAGGUAAAAACGAUAAUUUACAUAUAUUUUAA